AGUGGUAUAUAUAUAUACUUGGGUACCUUGUUUUCGCUCACAAGCAGUGUACUCAACUAUAUACAAACAACAUUAAGUAGAUUUACAUAUUGAGCUUUUGAAUCUGAAAAAUGGCGAAUUAUAGCAAUGGAGAUUACGAUUGGGCGACAGAAGUUAAGAAGCUGCAAGAAGCGAAAACUGGAGUCAAGGGUCUGGUUGAUGCUGGCGUGACGGAGCUACCUCGGCUCUUCGUUCACACACCGGAGGAUUUGCACGCCCAUCCGAUCCACGGCGGACAGCUGGAGCUGCCGACGAUAGACUUAUCUGGGGCGGAGCGCGGGGGAGCGAGGCGGAGGGAGGUGGUGGAGGAGAUAGGCAAGGCGGCCGCAGAAUGGGGCUUCUUCCGCCUGGUCAACCACGGGAUUCCGGUGGAGACAAUGGACGCCAUGCUGGAAGCCGUGAAGCGCUUCCACGAGCUGCCCGCGGAGGAGAAGACGCCUUUCUACUCCUCCGACAUACGCAAGGCGGUGAAGCUCAACAGCAGCCUCCCUGUCAAAGAGAAUGAUCCGGCGUGUUGGAGGGAUAUUUUGACAUGCAAUUGUAGAGAUGACCGAAUUGACCCCCUAGACCUACCUAAAGCCUGCAGAGAGGAGGUGCAGGAGUAUGCGAUGAAGCACAUGGUUGGAGUGAAGGAGAUGAUGAGCGACUUACUCUCAGAAGCCUUAGGGCUUCCCAGCGAUUACCUUUCAAACCUAGAGUGCAUGAAAAGCCAGCUGCUGGCAUGUCUCUAUUACCCACCUUGUCCUGACCCACACAAAACCUUAGGAACUCAGAAGCAUUCCGAUUCAACCUUCCUCACAAUACUGAUGCAAGACAACAUCGGCGGCCUCCAGAUUCUUCACGACGAUCAAUGGGUGGAUGUCCCGCCGGUUCAUGGUGGCCUCGUCGCCAAUAUCGGCGACCAAAUGCAGAUUAUUAGCAAUGGGAAGUUCAUGAGCGCGCAGCACAGAGUGUGGGUGCAGGAGUCGGUGCCGAGGGUUUCGGUGGCGUCUUUCUUCAGUCCGAGCGCGAGGGCUGCCACAACCAAGGCGUUUGGUCCCAUCAAAGAGCUUCUUUCUGAUGACAACAAGGCCGCUUACAAAGACUAUUACUUCCUUGAUUUCAUGAACCAUUACAAGGCCAAAGGCGAGCGUGUCGCCUCCCCUUUGCAUUAUUACAAGAUAUAAAACUUUCAUAUAUAUUCCAGCUUCUGUGUAAUUUAUACUCCAUAUAUAAUUUGAAAUCAGCUUGUGUUAUCUUGGAAUUCGAUAAAA